AUGGAGGAGAAUCAUGGGAUCAUGGACUCGCUUGGUGGCGAUGAAUUGGAAAUUAGGAGCAAGAGAGAACAGGACAAAAUCCACACAGUGAAAAAACCAUAUCAAUAUUUGGAGUGUGGAGAGAGUUUCAGGCAGAGCUCCCAUUCCUCUUCCCAUCAAAGAAACCCCAUUGGACAGAAACCCUAUCAGUGCUUGGAAUGUGGAAGGAGCUUCAGGGAUAAACCGUAUCAGUGCUUGGAAUGUAGAAAGAGCUUCAACCAAAAGAAAAAUCUCAUUUCCCAUCAAAUAAUUCAUACAAGGGAGAAACCAUAUCAGUGUUUGGAAUGUGGAAAGUGCUUCCGUAAGAGCUGCCAUCUCACACCCCAUCAAAGAAUUCAUACUGGAGAAAAGCCAUAUCAGUGCUUGGAAUGUGGAAAGAGCUUCAGUCGGAAAGAUAGUCUCAAUUCCCACAAAAGAAUUCAUAGUGGGGAGGAGCCAUAUCAGUGCCUGGAAUGUGGAAAAAGCUUCACCUGGAAGGAAAGUCUCAAUUCCCACCAAAGACUUCAUAGUGGGGAGGAACCAUUUAAAUGCUUGGAAUGUGGAAACAGCUUCAGCUGUAAGAGAAAUCUCACUCUCCAUCAAACAAUUCAUACAGGGGAGAAACCGUAUCAGUGCUUGGAAUGUGGGAACACCUUCACCCAGAAGUUAAGUCUCAUUUCCCACCAUCUAAUUCAUACAGGGGAGAGACCAUAUCAGUGCUUGGAAUGUGGGAAAAGCUUCAAUAAGAGGGGCAAUCUCACAGCCCAUCAAAGAAUUCAUGCAAGGGGGAAACCAUAUAAGAACUACAACAGCCGAGGCCCUCGGAAAAGCCCCACUAUCAGCACAAUCCUCCGAGGGAAGGAUCCUUUUGCAGAAAGGAGCCUGGGUUCCCCUGAGGCAGAGAAGACUCCGUUGGUCACCAGAGAGAGGUCACUGGGUGUUGAUGAAUUGGAAAAUAAGAAUAAGGGAGGGCCCCACAAAAUCCACAUGAAGAGGAAGCCAUUUAAAUAUUCGGGACAUGGGAAUUUCAGCCAGAGCUUCCACUCCACUUCCCAUCUAAGAAAUCUCUCGGGGAAGAAAAUCUAUCUGUGUUCGGAAUGUGGAAAGAACUUCUGUCGGAAAUCCCACCUCACUUACCAUCAAGUAACUCACAGCAGGGAGAAACCAUUUAAGUGCCAAGAAUGUGGAAAGAGCUUCAGUCAGAAGAGAAGUCUCACUUCCCAUCAAAGAAUUCAUACAGGAGAGAAACCAUAUCACUGCUUAGAAUGUGGAAAGAGUUUCAGCUGGAAGAAAAGACUCACUUCGCAUCAAAGAAUUCACACAGGGGAGAAACGAUAUCAUUGCCUCGCAUGUGGAAAGAGCUUCAGAACUAGGGCCCAUUUCACAGUCCAUCAAAGAAUUCAUACUGGUGAGAAACCAUAUCAUUGUUUGGAAUGUGGAAAGAGCUUCAGUCGGAAGGAUAGUCUCACUUCUCAUCAAAGAACUCAUACUGGGGAGAAACCAUCUCAGUGCUUGGAAUGUGGAAGGAGCUUCACUCAGAGCGCAGGUCUCAGGUCCCAUCAAAGAAUUCAUACUGGAGAGAAACCAUAUCAAUGCUUGGAAUGUGGAAAGAACUUCAGUCAUAGGGCUGCUCUCACUUCCCAUCAAAUAACUCACAGUGGGGAGAAACCUUAUCAGUGCACGGAAUGUGGAAAAAGCUUCAGUCGGAAGGAUAGUCUCACUCUCCAUCAAAGGAUUCAUACAGGGGAGAAACCAUAUCAAUGCUGGGAGUGUGGAAAGAGGUUCAAUUGGAAGAAAACGUUCACUUCCCACCAAAGAAUUCAUACAGGAGAAAAUCCAUAUCCGUGCUUAGAAUGUGGAAAAAGCUUAAGCUGCAAGAAUAGUCUCACUUCACAUCAAAGGAUUCAUACAGGGGAGAAACCGUAUCAGUGCAUGGAAUGUGGAAAGAGCUUCAUUCAGAGUUCCAAUCUCACUUCCCAUCAAAUGACUCACAGUGGCGAGAAACCAUUUAAAUGCUUGGAAUGUGGAAAAAGCUUCAAUUCCAAGAGAACUCUCACUUCCCAUCAAAGAGUCCAUAUGGGGGAGAAAACAUAUCCAUGCUUGGAAUGUGGAAAGGGCUUCAGCCGCCGUGCCAAUCUAAUGUUCCAUCAAAGAACUCACAGCGGAGAGAAUCAAAGAGUUAUAGGAUCAUAG